CACCCAAAUAUCACCCAGAAAUGUCGGAUUUUAUCUUCACCAUAGACAGUGAGGACGAGGAAACCAUACCCUCCGCCCCAUCCGCCAAGCCCAAAAAUAUCACAUCCAAGAAGCCUCAAAAGAAGCCUAAGCAGGUGGACGAACCUACUUUGGAACUGAAUCCAAACUUCUUGCUCGACGGAUUGGGACUGGAUCCAGAUUCCAAUUCUGAACACAGAAGUAACAGAUCCAAACUACUGAAUGAAUUUGAAGAUCCCCUGGAACGAUUCAGGAAGAAGAACGCCGUACCGAGGGUAUCGAUUGAUGAAAUCGUGGCACGACACAAAAAGUCAGACGAUCAUCAAGAUGCACUAAUGGAUGAACUGGAAGAUUGGAAGGACGAUGAUAGCGAGGAGGAAGAGGAAGAAGCUGGAGCGAAUGGGGCUGAUGAAGAAGGUUUAUCUGGCGAUGAAGAGGAUCGUGAAGCAAGUCCAAACGGAACUGAUGAAGACGAAGAUGUGGACUGUAGCGAUGAAGAUGUAGACCAUAGCGACAAGAAUAAUGAUGAAACUCGUCAAGAGGAUGAUUUCGACAGUGAAGAAGAUGGAUCACAUUCAGCUAAUGAUCAGGCACUCGACGACAAAACAUAUCAAGACAGAGAGCUUGGUAGUAAAAAUCAAGACGCUUCUUCUAAUGCCUACUUUGAUCAAUCAGUUGUUCCUUUUGACCCAGCUACAAAAGAAGAGCUCGUCAAGGACAGUCAUGAUCAACCAUUCUCCUCUUUACCGGGCGCUGCAAGUCUCAGUCGACCCGUUCUCCUGGGAUUGUCUUCAAUGUCUAUUACUAGCCCAACGCCGAUACAACGGCAAGCAAUACCACUAGGAUUGCUUGGCAAGGAUUUGGUUUGCUCGUCUGUGACCGGGUCUGGCAAAACCCUUGGCUACAUGGUUCCUAUCGUAGAACGAUUGAUCUGGCGAGACAAGAAAGGUGGUGGACGAACACGAGUCAUGAUAUUGACUCCCACUCGUGAAUUGGCCGUUCAAGUCUUCCAAGUGGGUAAACUGCUAGCUAGAUUCACAGAUCUCACAUUCUCCCUGUGCGUCGGCGGAAUGGAUCUGAGAACGCAAGAGGCCGAAUUGCGAGAAAGGCCAGAAAUCGUCAUCGGAACUCCUGGCCGUGUCAUCGAUCAUAUCAGAAACACGCGGGGCUUCUCACUAGAAACGUUGGAAAUCUUAGUCAUCGAUGAGGCCGAUCGAAUUUUGGAGGAAGGUUUUCAAGACGAGCUAGAGGAAAUCAUUAGCAACUGUCCCCGCUCGAGGCAAACGAUGCUCUUCUCAGCUACAGUCAAUGAGUCGGUGGCCGAUCUGGCGAAACUUUCUUUAGAUAAGCCCAUUCGAAUCAAGAUCGAUCCUCCAAAAUCUACUGCGGCUGGCCUGACGCAAGAGUUCCUUAAAGUCAAAGAUAGUGCCAGCAACAAGAAAGCUGCAUCUCUAACCGAUGUCACGAGACAAGCCAUCUUAGUCACUCUCUGUAAAGCAUCUGCUUUUAGUAAAGGGCGGACGAUCAUCUUCUUUAGAAGUAAAGUAGGGGCGCAUCGAAUGAAAAUCAUCUUCUCAUUGUUUUCUCUUAAAGCCGAAGAACUUCAUGGAAAUUUGAAUCAACAGCAGCGACUUGCCGCCUUGCAAAAAUUUAAAGACGGCGAAACUUCGUUUCUAUUAGCAACUGAUCUGGCCAGUCGUGGAUUGGAUAUCAAAGGGGUCGAAAGAGUGAUCAACUAUGAACCGCCGACCCAAUAUGACGUCUAUCUACAUCGGAUUGGUCGAACUGCACGAGCUGGAACGAAAGGUAGUGCUCUCACAUUAGUUGGAGAAUCUGAUCGCAAAUUGAUCAAAGAGGCUCGCAAGAAUUGUCUUGCGACCCAAGGGGCUAUCAAAAACCGUCGCCUGGACCCCAAUCUGGUGAAAGACGUCAAGGAGGAACUCGAGAAACUGUCGUCUACGAUUGCGGAAAUCAUCGAAGAAGAAAAGGAAGAAAAGGAGUUGCGGAAUUCGGAGAUGCAGAUGAAAAAAUGUCAGAAUCUCAUCGAACAUGAAGACGAGAUUAAAAGUCGACCGGCUAGGACUUGGUUUCAAUCGGAAUCAGAAAAGAAAAAAUCAAAAAAAAUCGGGACAACUGCUCAUACGGCGAAUUUUGCAAAGACCGACCAACGCUCUGUAUUACCGAAGAAGACAGCGAUCAAAAGGGAUCGAUUCGAUGGCCUCUCACGUAAACAGAAACGACGGAAGAUGGGCCAGGAAGAGGAUGCCAAAGAACGCCUGUUUCCGGCUAUCAAUUCCUCUAUCAGAGCCGCCAAGAAGUCCCUGCGACCUUCUAAAAUCACCGCGCGUGAAAACCGUUGAUUAUCCGCACACGUAAUCUCACUGAGAUCCUAGAGUAGUGCUUAUUCUCUUAUACACUUGGUUUUCUGUCAAGAACUAGCUUUUUUUCUCUCGCCUCUUACAAUUAUAGACUACGCUUAGCAUGUUCAUUAAUCAAGCAAUUUCGGGCAGCAUUGAUCCCAAGGCCCAGAAAUUCUAAUUGAGAUCUAUACCUUGAAAUUAGCACUGAAGUCCACAGUGGUGAUAAAUGUAAAUCCCAGUGAAACAAGAUCUUAAUCAAUUGUGUUGCUAGUUUGUACUGUGUGGUCCAACAUCAAGGAAAUACACAUCAACAUAUGUAG